UACACCACAGCCACAGCAAUGCUGGAUCCUUAACCCACUGAUCGAGGCCAGGGAUCGAACCCGCACCCUAAUGGACACUAGUCAGAUUCACUUCCGCUGCACCACAACGGGAACUCCAGAAAUUUCUUUCCUUUUAAAGCUACUCAUGCAUUUUUUUAAACAUGAGUUUUCGUGGAAAGUGACACAUGGUACAGAAAAUUCCAACAGCACAAAAAAGCACUUGGAGAAAAGCAGGGGCCCAAGCCCCUGCCAGAAGGCAGCUGCUCUUGUUGUCCCCUAGGAGGUACCACCACAUGCCUGAUUGUCACUGGAUUGGGACAAUGGCCUUGCACCUCCAUGUGCUGUGUCUGGAGUUGGCGGGGGCGGGGGGGGGCGAGGGCUCCCGCUGGCUCAGGUCUGUUGCCAUGGCGAAUGGGACGUCGUCAUUGAUGGGCCAGCCCCACUCCUCCCCGCGCUGCCAGGAACUUCCCUGUACAGACGUCUUCCUGAGCGUGAGUGUCUGCCAUAAAUUCCUAGACACGGAACUCCUGAGUCAAACCACCCUCCUGGGGCUCAGCCCACCCUGACUGUGUGCGGAAGAACUGCCAGCUCCAGCUUCCCCUGCAAGGGUUUCCUGCUCUUUCCUGGGGGGCCGCAGAGGGUCUGCAUGUGCUCUGAGGCUUUCAUGGAUCACGUAUGCUUCAAGCCAUAGGUGCGGUGCUGAAUUUGUCAUUGGUGCUGGUGGACCUGCUCAGACAUGGAGGAGAGGCUCCGGGCUGAGACCCUCCCCUCGCCGAGCUCUCCAGGCCUUGGUUUCCCUUUCCCCCAACCCUGGGGCUGGGGGCGGGGACCUCCAGCAUCACAGCACUGACUCUGUCCAGGACUGCUCGGUCAUUUCCUGACCGGUCCUCCUGUCCCUGAGUGUGGCUAGAUUAGGGCUCGUCACACCAGCACACAGCCGCAUCGGCCCUCCUCUCCCGCCCCAUUUGUUCUUCCUUGACCCCUACAGCUCCCCCUAGGGGUCCUCCUGCUCCCAGACCUUCCCCCUCAACACUGCCUCCUGCCACAGUGGCUCAUCCCUGACCACACAGUGUGGGGCUCCCCCAAGGUGGGAGGGGGAAGGCUCUCUCAGGUCUGCGGGAGAACGGAGUACCCCCCACCUCUGGAUGGGACACAGAGAGGUCUGAGGGGUGAGGGCCUCAGGGGAAGAUGGCUCAGGGGGGCCCUCUGGGCUGGCCUGGCCUCUUCCUUCUGGCUCAGGCAUGGCUGUGACCAUCCCCUCCCCCCAACCUGGAGCCCCAGGCUGAGGGGAGGUGGGCCAGGACCCGAGCAGACGGGCUUUGAGAACUGGCAACGGGCACUCCCAGAGAGGGCCACAGCUGGGCUCCCCUAAGACCCCCCCCCCCCGAGGACAGCACAUGGUCAGCAUCGGGGUGUCUGGCUGAGGACCAAGACCCCCUCAGCUAUCCUCUGCAGACCCCAGGCUCACAAGGCCUACCCCUGUCUGAGCUUAACUCUGCACCCAUCCGGGGGCCUGUGGCUGGGCAUAGUUGAGGUUCCAUAAGAUGAGUAGCCCCCACAGAGGACCAGGGGAGUUUGGGGAGGGUGGACUUCUCACCUGCUCUGACCUCUGACCGGAGAAGGCAGGGAUCUCAUCCUGCCUGCCAAAGCCAGAGGGUGGGGGCUUUAGGAAGGACCAAGAGGUCUUGAUGGGGAAGAGAGCUGGACUGUCACAAGGAGGGGGCUAAGAUGUGACUGGCCAGCAAGAAAGUAAGCACCUAGAGUUCCCUGGUGGCCUAGUGGUUAAAGGAUCCAGCAUUCUUAAUGCUGUGGCACAGGGAAAUUCCCAUCAUGGCCAAAAAAAAAAAAAAAAAGGAAGUCACCACUUGGCUCACAGAAGCUUCUAGGGCUGGACAGAGACUGCGCCUGGAGCUGGGGCUGAAGUCUGGCACCUUCUCCCCCGUCUUGCUGGCUGAGCACCUAGACACUGUGCAGCUGAGUAACCCCAAGGGCCAGACCUCCUCAGUCCAGGCCCUGGGCUCUGCACAGGGAUCAUGGGGGCAGGGGCUGGUUUAUCUCACCAGCCCCUGUCCACUCCUCCGCUGGUGUUCAGGAAGCUGGGGGUGGGGGUCCAGUCAGGCAGGAAGCCUGAGGUCAGCCGGCCACAGCCCAGACCAGCCUGCACCUAGCCCUGGCAACAUGUGGGCGCUCUUGCUGCUGUGGCUUCUGGCGCUGGGGCUCAGCCUAGAGGAUGACACCCAGACCCCCAUCGCCUACGAUGACGGCGGGAGCACAGAGGGAGAGGAUGGUGAUGACUGCACACCAGGGCCCCAGCCACGCAGCUACCCCGGCCAGCCCUGUGCCAAUGACAGCAACACUCUGGAGCUCCCGCUCAGCUCUCGGGCACUGCUGCUGGGCUGGGUGCCCACGAGGCUGGUGCCCAUGCUCUAUGGGAUGUCCCUGGCAGUGGGGCUGCCCACCAAUGGCCUGGCACUGUGGGUGCUGGCCACAAGGGUGCCACGACUGCCCUCCACAGUGCUGCUGAUGAACUUGGCAGCUGCUGACCUGCUGCUGGCCCUGGCGCUGCCGCCGCGAGUCGCCUACCACUUGCGCGGUCAGCGCUGGCCCUUUGGUGAGGCCGCCUGCCGCCUGGACACGGCUGCACUCUACGGCCACAUGUACGGCUCAGUGCUACUACUGGCCGCCGUCAGCCUGGACCGCUACCUGGCCGUGGUGCACCCGCUGAGGGCCCGUGCCCUGCGAGGCCAGCACCUGGCCAUCGGGCUCUGCAUGGCAGCUUGGCUGCUGGCGGCUGCCCUGGCACUGCCCCUGGCGCUGCAGCAACAGACCUUCCAGCUGUCGCACUCGGACCAUGUGCUCUGCCAUGAUGUGCUGCCCAUUGGCACGCAAGCCUCCUACUGGCAGCCCGUCUUCAUCUGCCUGGCAGUGCUCGGCUGCUUCCUGCCGCUGCUGGCUAUGCUGCUGAGCUAUGGGGCCACCCUGCGCACACUGGCGGCUGGUGGCCAGCGCUACGGCCACCCACUGAGGCUGACUGCGCUGGUGCUGGCCUCAGCCAUGAUUUUCUUCGCACCCAGCAACGUGCUGCUGCUGUUGCACUACUCAAACCCAGGUCCAAACGCCUGGGGGGACCUGUAUGCUGCCUAUGUGCCCAGCCUGGCACUCAGCACCCUCAACAGCUGCGUGGACCCCUUCAUCUAUUACUACGUGUCAGCCGAGUUCAGGGGCAAGGUGCGGGAGGGGCUGUUCUGCAGAGUGCCUGGAGCCACGACAGCGUCCAGAGAAGCGGGCAGCCCAGGGACGGGCACCCGGUCCUCUUCACUCGUCUGAAGGACCCUCCGAAGGCAAAAAAACCAAGGAGGGGGUUGUUCCAGGUUGAAGAGGGCCCCCUCCCAAGUCAUGUCCACCGGGACCUCCAAAUGUGAGCUUAUUUGGGAAGAAAGUCUUUGCAGGUGUUAAGAUGAUGUCACGUUGGAAUAGGAUGGACCCUAAAUCCAAAGUGACCGGUGUCCUUGUAAGAAGAGGACAGAGACACAUAUAGGAAAGCAGACCAUGUGACCAUGGAGGCAGAGAUGGGGUGAUGUGACCACAACCCAAGGGACAUCAGAGACUGCUGGGCAGCCACCAUAAGAAGUCAGGAGAGCAGCCUGGGAGAGACUCUCCCUUAGAGCCCCAGAAAGAGCCAACCUGCCCACACCUUGAGCUCAGGCUUCUGGCCUCCAGAACCAUCAGACAAUAAAUUUCUGUUAAGUUACCUGGUUUGUGG